AUGAUGCUCUUGCUGCCCAACAGCACAGCCGGGGCCCGGGUGAGCCACGCCGAGCCGCUGGAGUGGGAGGAGCGGUCGCCCUGCGUGGAGGGGAUCAUCCCAGUCAUUUACUACAGCGUCCUGCUCGGCCUGGGGCUGCCCGUUAACAUCCUGACGGUCAUCGCCCUGUCCCGCCUGGCUGCCAGGACAAAGAAAUCGUCCUACUGGUACCUGCUGGCCCUGACCGCCUCUGACAUCCUCACCCAGGUCAUCAUUAUCUUCAUGGGCUUCAUCCUGCAGAUGGCCAUCCUGGCCCGUGAGGUGCCCCACACCUUCAUCCACACCAUCAACGUGCUGGAGUUUGCGGCAAACCAUGCCUCCAUCUGGGUGACCGUGCUGCUGACGGCCGACCGCUACGUGGCGCUGUGCCACCCGCUGCGCUACCGCAUGCUCUCCUACCCCGAGCGCACCCGGAAGAUCAUCGCCGCCGUCUUCGGCACAGCGCUGGCCACCGGGAUCCCCUUCUACUGGUGGCUGGACAUCUGGCACGACUCCCAACCACCCACCACCGUGGACAAGGUCCUCAAGUGGGUUCACUGCUUCACCAUGUACUUUGUCCCCUGCAGCAUCUUCCUGGCCACCAACUCCGUCAUCGUCUGCAAGCUCAAGUGGGGGAAGCGGGUGGACGGGCACCGCCGGCGCGUGGGCAAGACCAUCGCCAUGCUGAUGGCCGUCACCACCGUCUUCACCGUGCUGUGGGCGCCCCGGACGUUUGUUAUCCUCUUCCACCUCUACAUGGGCUCCACCAACAACGACCAGAGGCUGCACAUGGCGCUGAACCUGGCCAACAUGAUUGCCAUGCUCAACACCACCGUCAACUUCUUCUUCUACUGCUUCGUCAGCAAGACCUUCCGCCGCACGGCCGGCGAGGUGAUCCGCUCCUGCAGUCCCUUCUGCACUGGGCACGGCCAGCCGCCCGCGAACGGGGGCUUUCUGCACUCAGCUCUGAAACCGCUGGGGCUGCUGGAGAAUGUGUCCCUUUAGGGUAAUGGAGUCGGUGGGGUCCUGCUCUCGAAGGGUUCCCAGUCACCGGAAUGUGCAGCCCGGCUACCCCGUUCCCACGUGUCCCCGAGGGGCUUGGGCUGAGGGCGAGAUGGGGCGUGCGGCAGCCAGGGCAAGGCGGUGGGUUACAGUGUGCUGGCUGGAGGGGAGGCAGCUGGCACUAGCUGGUAUGGGCAAGAUGCCAGCUGGUACCGGGACCCCAACAGAGCAGGAACCGCAGAGCUGGUGGCCUGACUUGAGGCAUCUGCGAUUGCUGUGAACUCAUGUUAUGGCUGUGGAAGGGAACCGGCUGGCCCGAUCCUGUGCCCAUGACACCGUACUGGGCAAGCACCAGGCCCAGUGCACUAGGCCGCUCCACCCAAUGCCAGUCUCCCACCGGGUCCGUCCGGGACCUCAGCAAGGGUCAGGCUGUGGGGAGGCUGUUUUAAUGCCUGGGCCCGGAGGGAGGAGACGCACUGUUGUGUGGGGAUGCUGCAGGGGGUGCUAAGCCCUUAGCAUCCCACGGGAGGCCCUGCGGUUGUAACACGUAUCCCAGGGACGUUUGAUUGCCAGGUGGGGAAGCCGAGAUGGUGUGGAACUAAAGGACAUGCCCAGGGUUACCUGGCAAGGUUGUGAUGGAGACGGGAAUGGAGCUCAGGAAUCCUGACAAACGGUUCCCUGUUCCAACCACUAGGCCAGACUGCUCACCCGGCCAUUUGCCGCUUCUGGCCCCCCCAGAUGCCAGUUCAGUCAGGUCGGAGCAUUUCAUCUCUCGCAGCUUUAUUGCCCAUCGCUCCUGAAGCAAAGGGCUACGCACGCGGUGCUUGGCCAGCAGGACGCCGGUGUUGCAGGAUGUUCUGGGGCCCUGGGACCAGCUGAGCUACGUCUGUGAGCGCCACCGUGUAUCAAAGCUUCCCCUAGGGAAGCCGGGCAGCAGCCCCAGGGACAGCGGCUGGCUGCCAAGGAUGAGCCGAGAGCGCUGGACAG